AUGGAGGUGGAUACGAUUGAGAAGCGCCAUCGAACGAGAUCCAAAGGCGUGAGAGUUGCCGUGGAGUCAGCAGCUCAGGAGCUGUUUAGCUGCCCGACUCCAGGCUGUGACGGGAGUGGUCACGUCAGCGGGAAAUACGCCAGACACAGGAGUGUCUAUGGUUGCCCACUGGCCAAGAAGAGGAAGACACAAGAAAAGCAGCCCCAGGAACCAGUGCCCAAACGACGUCCGUUUUUAAAAACCGCAGACGACGAGGCCUCCAUGUACGAGAGCUACGAGCCCGAAGCCAUGGAUGAGAUGGAGGAGGAGAAAGAACAGGAGGAGGUAGAGGACGGAGAGGAAGAUGGAGAGGAAGAAGAAUUCUCGGAGGACAACGAGGAAGAAGAUGAGGAGAUGGAGAGAGAGGAAGGGGAAGAAGUAGAACAGAUGGAGGAGGGUGCAGAGGAAGAGGAUGAGGAAGAGGUUGCUGAGGACGGCGACGACGAAGAACAGGAAGAGGAGGAGGAAGAGGAGGAUGAACAAGAGGAAGAGGAGGAUGAAGAUGAACACGAAGAAGAUGAGCAUGAAUAUGAAGAACAGGACUCCAAUAACAACAACAACAACAACAACAACAAUAACAUCAACGGUGGUGGUAAUGUCAACAACGAAGAGUAUGAAAACUACGAUGAGCUGGUCGCCAAAUCCUUGCUGAACCUGGGAAAGAUUGCAGAAGACGCCGCCUAUCAGGCCAUGACGGAGUCGGAAAUGAACAGCAACUCUUCCAACAGCGCUGGAGAGGAUGAUGACGAAGAAGACGACGAGGAUGAGGAAGAGGAUGACGAAGAUGGCGGAGGCGAGAGGGGUGGCCGCAAGGGUGAGCUGAGCGUUGACCUGGACAGCGACGUGGUCAGGGAGACGGUGGACUCGCUGAAGCUUCUGGCCCAGGGUCAUGGGGCAGUCCUGCCGGACGACGGUUUCCCAGAUCCAGCGCCAGGUGAGGGUGGCGUAGUCGGCCAGGGGCUGCAGCCUCACCAACAGCAGCAGCAGCAGGGCCGGGCGGAGGAGAACGAGGAGGAGGUGUGUCUCAGCAGUCUGGAGUGCUUAAGGAACCAAUGCUUCGACCUAGCCCGCAAACUGAGCAGCGAGAGCCAACCGCACCUUCAGCAUGUCCAAAACGAGCAACAGCAACAACAGCAUGUCAUGCUGACGCACCACCUGCCUCGCUACGACAACUGCCAGCACGGCCCCCUUCCUGAACAGCAGAGGGCGCCAGAGCAAAGCUAUUCUGACAUGGUUAACCUGAUGAAGCUGGAGGAGCAGCUCAGCCCCACGUCCCGUGGUUACCCCCCGAGCUGCGCUCAGGAAGGAGACGAGGACACUACCUCGGUGGCCUCCGAACGUUCAGACGAAGCUUUUGACAUGACCAAGGGCAACCUGUCCCUCUUGGAGAAAGCCAUUGCCUUGGAGUCGGAACGUGCCAAGGUCAUGCGGGACAAGAUGGUGUCCGAACAGACGGUGGCCCGGAGGGACAAUCAGCGCCUACACGGAGAGCACAGUCCACGCCAGAGCAGCAGUGCGGAGGACCGAAAAGCUCGUUUGCACCACGAUGGGGCCAAGAGAGCUUACUACCCUAAAGAUCCUUUGAGAGGCGAGAAGAAGGAGAGUAAGUGUCCGACUCCAGGCUGUGACGGUACAGGACACGUGACCGGACUCUACCCGCACCACCGGAGCCUGUCUGGCUGUCCCCACAAAGACCGCGUCCCUCCAGAAAUUCUUGCAAUGUAUGAGAAUGUUCUUAAGUGCCCCACUCCGGGCUGUUCAGGACGUGGCCAUGUUAAUAGCAACAGGAACUCCCAUCGCAGUCUUUCAGGUUGUCCUAUCGCUGCUGCUGAAAAAAUGGCCAAAGUUCAGGAGAAACACCAUUCAAGUGACGGUCCCAAAUCCAGCCAGGCGUCUGACCGUGUCCUGAGGCCUAUGUGCUUUGUGAAACAGCUGGAGAUCCCACAGUACGGUUACAAAAAUCACGUCUCCACCAGCACACCACGCUCCAACCUGGCCAAGGAGCUGGAGAAAUACUCCAAGACCAGCUACGAUUACGGCAGCGGUUACGACGGCCAGCCCCACGCCUACGGCAAGAGGUCCUUACCCCCCAAGAGUCACGGACGAGACACCUCGCCAAAGGGUUAUGAAGAUGCCAAGCGUUACUGUAAGACAGCGAGUCCGGCCAGCAGUACGACCAGCAGCUAUGCCCCGAGCAGCAGCAGCAGUGUGAGCUGUGCCGAGGGAGGGGGGGGCAGUAGUGCCAGCAGCACGUGCAGUAAGAGCAGCUUUGACUACACCCACGACAUGGAGGCCGCCCACAUGGCUGCCACCGCCAUCCUCAACCUGUCCACACGCUGCAGAGAGCUGCCCCAGAGCCUGGCCGCCAAGGGUCCUGAACUGCUCUCGCAGAGCCCCGAUGGCGAUGUGAAUGAGAACGGUACUCUAGAUUUGAGCCUGGCCCGUCAGGCCGGCGCCGGCGGCCCGGGCGGUCCGGAGGGGAGCGGUACGGUUCUGACCCAGCUCCAGCCCAUGUCACCUCAACGUCAGGCGCUGCUGAACAGCAGGUGCUAUCAGAUGGGCGAGACAGACUGCUGGGACCUCCCCGUGGACUACACCAAGAUCAAACGCAUUGACGAAGACCACCACAAAGAGGCUGAUGAGUUGGACCCGUUCCAGGACCUCCUGGAGGAGCAGCAGUACCCGGGUGAGGUCACUGUCCCCAGUCCCAAACAUAAGUACGCACCCUGCAAGGAGACCAAGAAGGAGCUCAUCACUCUCUCUAGCUGUCAGUUAGCAGACAAAGGAAUCCGUGGGAUGAUGAGCACUAACUCCCAGGAGCUCAAAUGUCCUACCCCUGGUUGCGAUGGCUCAGGACACAUCACAGGCAAUUACGCCUCCCACAGGAGUCUGUCAGGCUGUCCCAGAGCAAAAAAGAGUGGGAUUAAGAUUAUGCAUAGCAAGGAGGAUAAAGACGACCAGGAACCAAUCAAGUGUCCUGUCCCAGGGUGCGACGGUCAGGGUCAUGUGACGGGGAAGUAUGCAUCACACCGCAGUGCGUCCGGCUGCCCACUGGCCGCCAAGAGACAGAAGGACGGAUACGUCAACGGCUCCCAGUACACCUGGAAAUCUGGCAAAACAGACGGCAUGACCUGCCCCACCCCGGGGUGCGAUGGCUCGGGCCACGUCAGCGGGAGCUUCCUGACCCAUCGGAGCCUCUCGGGGUGCCCUCGUGCCACCUCUGCCAUGAAGAAGGCCAGGAUGACUGGCGUGGAAAUGCUGACCAUCAAACAGAGAGCAAGCAAAGGGAUAGAGAAUGAUGAGGAGAUUAAGCAGCUGGAUGAGGAAAUCAAAGAUCUGAAUGAAUCAAACAAUCAAGUGGAAUCAGACAUGAUUAAACUGAGGACUCAGAUCACCACUAUGGAGACCAACCUGAAGUCCAUUGAGGAAGAGAAUAAGGCCAUUGAACAGCAGAAUGAUUCCCUGCUGCAUGAGCUAGCCAACCUUAGCCAGUCUCUCAUCAACAGUCUGGCUAACAUCCAACUCCCGCAUAUGAAACCGAUGGCACAGAGAGAGGCCCCAGUAAAAAAUUACUGCUGUUUACAGAUGCCCCACAGAGAGCCGAUGAACGAGCAAAACUUUGACUCUUACGUGAGUACUUUGACAGAUAUGUACACCCAUCAGGACCAGUACCAGAGCCCAGAGAACAAGGCUCUAAUGGAGAACAUAAAACAGGCGGUGCAAGGCAUUCAAGUGUAA